UACUAUUAAAGAAAAAACUUUGAAUUUGUUUUUAGGGUCAAAAUGGGCAAGUUCAUAAAGUCAGGCAAAGUUGUACUUGUUCUUAAUGGCCGCUAUGCUGGCAAGAAAGCUGUCAUAGUCAAGAACUAUGAUGAUGGCAGUACCGACAAACCUUAUGGUCAUGCUCUUAUUGCUGGAGUAGCCCGCUACCCCCUUAAAGUUACCAAAAGAAUGGGCAAGAAAAGRACAGCAAAGAGAUCAAAAGUAAAGCCUUUUGUCAAGGUUGUCAAUUACAAUCACCUWAUGCCAACAAGAUACUCUGUUGAUGUUGCCCUUGACAAACAAAACAUUAACAAGGAUAUCUUCCGUGACCCUGCACUCAAGAGAAAAGCUCUUAGGGAGGUCAAGUCCAAGUUUGAAGAAAGAUACAAGUCUGGCAAGAACAAAUGGUUUUUCCAGAAACUUAGAUUCUAAACAUCAAAUCUUGYAAAAUAAAAUUUCAAACAAUAUCUUGAA